AUGAUGACCAAGCCAUUUGGGAAGAGCGGGGACAUGAGCGAGCUGGUGAGCUCCCUCGGCUGGCUGGAGGAGGAGGAGGAGGAGGACGGCAGCUCUCAGGACGGAGAGGAGAGGGGGCACCACGGCCUGACUGUGGGGGGCCGCGUCCGCUCCUGCACAGAACUGGGCAGCGAGGACAUGGAGGAAGAAGAGGAGGAGGAGGAUGAGGAGGGGAUUGGACCAAAUGGAGAAAACGCUCCCAAGAGGAGGGGCCCUAAGAAGAAGAAGAUGACCAAAGCUAGACAGGAGAGGUUUCGUGCCCGGCGAGUCAAGGCCAACGCCAGAGAACGGUCACGUAUGCACGGGCUGAAUGAUGCCCUGGAUAAUCUGCGCAGAGUGAUGCCCUGCUACUCCAAGACACAGAAGCUGUCAAAGAUUGAGACUCUACGGCUGGCACGCAACUACAUCUGGGCUCUGUCGGAGGUGCUCGAGAGCGGCCAGUCCCCGGAGAGCCAUGGCUUCGUGGAGAUGCUCUGUAAAGGUCUGUCUCAGCCCACCAGUAACCUUGUUGCCGGCUGCUUGCAACUGGGACCCAGUCCGAUGAUGCUCAACAAGCUGGAGGACAAGUGUGGAGGCCCAGGGGUCGGUGGCAUGGGGGGUCAGGCUUGCCAUCCCCUCAGCUACCCAUCUCCAGGCCUUCCCAGCCCCCCGUACGGCUCCCUGGAGGCUUCCCACCUCCUCCAUAUGAAGGGAUUCAAGGGGCCUGUAUAUGACAACCCCUCCCCUAACGAGUGCAGCAGUGGCACCCCACCGUACGACGGGCCCCUCACUCCCCCUCUGAGCAUCAGUGGCAACUUUGCCCUGAAGCAAGAGCCUUCUCCCCACGAGUCCGAGAGGAACCACACGCCCCACGCCGGCCACCAUGCCCACUACCUCUCGUCCCACCAUUACCCCACUUCCACGACUGCCGGCCUACCAGGGGGGCCUCAGGGUCACCCACUUUUUCAGGCUUCACGCUAUGAGCUGCCCCUGGAUAUGGCCUUUGACUCCUUCGCUCCCUCUCACCUGAUCACGUCUCAGAUGGGCGCCAUCUGA